UGAUCAGCUGUGUCCAAUCACAGCUGAUCGCAUGUGUAAACAGGGAAAUGCCGGUUAUCAGCUAUUUCUCUCCUCACGAGCUGUCACGCUCAUAGCUCCCCCAGCAGUGCCACCUGUCAAUGUCCAUCAGUGCCAGCUCUCAGUGCUCAUCCAUGCCACUGUCAGGGCCCAUCAGUGCACAUCAAUGCCACAUAACAGUGGCCUACCAGUGCGACAUCAAUGCCACAUAUCAUUGCCCAUCUGAGCUGCCUUUCAGUGUCACUCAUCCGCCAGUGCCACCUAUCAAUGCCAAUCAGUGCUGCCAAUCAGUGCCACCUAUCAGUGCCAGUCAGUGUCGCCUAUCAGUGCCAGUCAAUGUCAGUCUGUGCCACCUAUCAGUGCUGCCAAUCAGUGCCACCUAUCAGUGCCAGUCAGUGCCACCUAAACAGUGCCAGUCAGUG